UCUCACAGUAUUUUUAGAGACCUUGCGCGAGCCCUCCCACCCCAGCCCGACCUGUUCUUCUAAAUGGGAGAUUAUGGAUUUGCAUUGCAAUUGGCUAGUAGCGGAGGCACUGGAUUUUCGCAAGUAAAACACCCACCCGCUUCAGAGAGGGGCAUUAAGGAUCACAUUGACAAUAACGCGUCUCUCUUUUUUCCCGUUUCAGCUGCGCAAACCAUGCAGGAUGAUUUACUGAUGGACAAAAGCAAAACCCAGCCCCAGCCCCAGCAGCAGCAGCGGCAGCAGCAGCAGCAGCAGCCCCAGUCCGAGCCCAGCGCAGCCGAAACCCCGUCCACGCCCCUCUCCUCAGAGACCCCUAAGCCGGAGGACAGCAGCGUCGUGCCGGCACUUAGCCCUGCCGCGGCCCCGCCGGCCCCCAACGGCCCCGACAAGAUGCAGAUGGAAUCGCCGCUCCUGCCGGGCUUGAGUUUCCACCAGCCCCCUCAGCAGCAGCCGCCGCCACAGGAUCCCGGGGCACCGGGCGCAUCGCUGUCGCCGUCCUUCGGCAGCACCUGGUCCACGGGCACCACGAAUGCGGUGGAGGACAGCUUCUUCCAGGGGAUCACCCCAGUCAAUGGGACCAUGCUCUUCCAGAACUUCCCGCACCACGUCAACCCAGUCUUCGGAGGCACCUUCUCCCCGCAGAUUGGCCUGGCGCAGACCCAGCACCACCAGCAGCCGCCUCCGCCUGCACCGCAGCCAGCGCAGCCCACGCAGCCCCCGCAGGCACAGCCUCCGCAGCAGCGGCGCUCGCCAGCCAGCCCCAGCCAGGCGCCCUAUGCGCAGAGGAGCGCCCCCGCGGCUUACGGCCACCAGCCCAUCAUGACCAGCAAGCCGUCCUCGUCUUCGGCUGUAGCAGCAGCCGCGGCCGCCGCUGCUGCCUCGUCCGCCUCCUCCAGCUGGAACACGCACCAGAGCGUGAAUGCCGCCUGGAGUGCGCCUUCCAACCCCUGGGGCGGCCUGCAGGCUGGCCGGGACCCUCGCCGGGCAGUCGGCGUGGGAGUGGGCGUGGGCGUUGGGGUGCCUUCACCACUCAACCCUAUUUCGCCACUCAAAAAGCCCUUCUCCAGCAAUGUGAUCGCACCGCCCAAGUUCCCUCGCGCAGCCCCGCUCACCUCCAAGUCCUGGAUGGAGGAUAACGCAUUCCGGACCGAUAAUGGUAACAAUCUGUUGCCAUUUCAGGACCGGAGUAGGCCCUAUGACACUUUUAACUUGCACUCGUUGGAGAACUCCUUAAUGGAUAUGAUAAGGACUGACCAUGAGCCUCUGAAAGGUAAACACUACCCUCCCAGUGGCCCACCAAUGAGUUUCGCUGAUAUAAUGUGGAGGAAUCAUUUUGCAGGACGCAUGGGAAUAAAUUUCCACCAUCCAGGAACAGAUAAUAUUAUGGCACUUAACACCAGGAGCUAUGGGCGGAGACGAGGUCGGUCUUCUCUUUUUCCCUUUGAAGAUGCCUUCCUGGAUGACAGUCACGGCGAUCAGUCCUUAUCCUCUGGCUUAAGCUCUCCCACUCGCUGUCAGAAUGGGGAACGAGUAGAACGCUACUCUAGAAAGGUGUUUGUUGGAGGCCUUCCUCCUGAUAUCGAUGAAGAUGAGAUCACUGCCAGCUUUCGCAGGUUUGGACCUCUUGUUGUAGACUGGCCUCACAAAGCUGAAAGCAAGUCGUAUUUUCCUCCUAAAGGCUACGCCUUUCUGCUGUUCCAGGAGGAGAGUUCAGUACAAGCUUUGAUAGAUGCCUGCCUAGAAGAAGAUGGGAAACUGUACCUGUGCGUGUCGAGCCCCACCAUCAAGGACAAACCGGUGCAAAUUCGACCAUGGAACCUAAGUGACAGUGACUUUGUAAUGGAUGGUUCUCAGCCUUUGGACCCCAGAAAAACUAUCUUUGUUGGGGGAGUCCCACGACCCCUUCGAGCUGUUGAGCUGGCAAUGAUCAUGGACCGUUUGUAUGGUGGCGUCUGCUAUGCUGGCAUUGAUACAGACCCAGAGCUGAAGUACCCGAAAGGUGCCGGCCGAGUGGCGUUCUCCAAUCAGCAGAGUUACAUUGCAGCCAUCAGUGCUCGCUUUGUGCAGCUCCAGCACAAUGACAUUGACAAACGGGUGGAAGUGAAGCCAUAUGUGCUGGAUGAUCAGAUGUGUGACGAGUGCCAGGGCACACGCUGUGGCGGGAAGUUUGCCCCGUUCUUCUGUGCCAACGUCACCUGUCUGCAGUAUUACUGCGAAUACUGCUGGGCGAGCAUACACUCCCGCGCCGGGCGGGAGUUCCACAAACCGCUGGUGAAGGAGGGAGGCGACCGCCCUCGGCACGUGCCGUUCCGCUGGAGCUGAGCCGGGCAGACCCACCACAAGUACUGGAGUAGCUGACGAGGAGGGAAAAGAGAGGGCACGGCCUCAGGGCUUACAGUGUUCUGGAAAUCUGUGCAUUCGUUCUCGAUUUUUAAAGAAGAAAUGGGUCUUUUUAUUAUUAUUAUUAUUUACAGUCAUAUUACUGAACUCAAUGUCCAGUAUAAUGCAGAAUUGCAGAGUGUAUCACGGUACUGAUUUGCACUUUGAUUCUCACACCUUGUCUGCUUGGUACCUUCGUUUCUCACCCCGGAUUUGUCCCCGGUGACAGUACGUAGACUGCCAUCCUCAUCCUCGGCCAUCAGGUCACUGUCUGUGAUUUUUUUGUUUGUUGUUGUUGUGUUGUUGUUCCGAUUGUUUUUGAACUGGAGCAUGCACUUAUUUUCGGAAAUUUGGAGAGUUGCCCCUAGGAGAAGACUUACCAAAGGUAAUAACCGCGAGUAGGUGGCAAAUGUAGCAGAAACUUGGCAACAGCUCAGCAGUCAUUAGUCGGGUCGUUUAGAGCAAGGUGAACCCUUAAUGAAGAUAAGCCUUUAGUUGCUCUCUAUUUUGACAUGUAAGGAUACCUCAUAAGCUGAAUCCUUAUUUUUCCUUCACGUUUGAUUUUUAUUUUGCUGAGGAUUUGGGUUAGGUUUUUUAGUGUCAUGUAAAUUUAUGCUGCAAUAGCUUUUGCUGCUAUUAAAAUGGUAUUAUUAAUACCAUAAGACUCUAUUCAGGCUAAGGCAUCAAUGGAAAAAAAACCCCAACAACACACUUUUGUGAUUUAGGGAUAGAAUCAGCUGCCGAAAGGAGAUCGGAGUAGAUUCCAGAAAGCUUCAGCGGAAGGUCGCCGUUUCUGAUUGCAUGUUUACUUAAUCAGGUUGCUGCAUGCAAUAAAUUUUAUAUCCAAUGUCUAGUAUAAAACCUUCCCACGAUGCACAAAUUAAGAAUCUAUAUAAGCUAUAAAAUACUGAUUUUUUUUAAAAAAGAUUUUUUUUAUUCAAAGAAUUGGUAAUUGACCGGAGGAAGGCAUGCCUCAAUAAAUGGAAUGCUUCUGAAAUUAGGAAGAGCCCGUAACAGAAGGACCUAUAUUACCACCAAUAUAAAACCUAGGUGUAGGAUAUUCUUAAAGCAAAUUUGUGGAUGGUAGAUGAAGUACUUUGCGGUGCUCUGUUAUAUAUCGUGCAAUUUAUUUUAUAUAGUAAAGUGAUUAUGUCUAACUGUGAUCAAACUUAACUGUUUCAAGCCUCUGUGUCAGACAUUGAUGAACUUGACCGUUCAUAACUGGUAUACUAUUAACCAACACAUGAGCUCUUAGUUACAAUCUCCUAGUGCUUGCACCAUUUUUACAUAGCUUCAGACCUUGUCCAGAAAACCAAAGAGCUCAUCUUAGCUUACAAACACUAGGAAUAUAUACAGUAUAUAGAGAUAAGCUGUCAGAUUGACAGACUAGGCACAUUUUAAGAAAGUUGCGUGCUGGUGAUGCUAAAGAAAUGUCUACAAAACAAGAUGGCCUGGGCAGGGUUGGUUGUCUGGGUAAGAAAUUCACUACUUAAUUCCCUGGAUUUAUCCUGUAAAGCUUGAAUAGAAUUCAGACCUGCUAAUGCUACCAUGGACAUUUUUUUAGCAUUCACUCUUGGGCUGCAGAUAGUAAUAUAUAAACACACACAACGGUUGUGAGACUACGUAAACUUGUUUUAACCUUCUUCCUGUGUUUGGAAUUCUGGGGACAAUCUGACUGGAUAUGACACUGCAGAGUAGGUUUAAAUCGCCGCGUUCCGUGUGCUGUGAAGUCCUUGUACUGUCUGAAGUCGAUGUCGCUCGUUUUCGUUCUGUUCCAUUUGGUUUCUCCAGCGUUCAGUUGCAAUUACCAGCUCUCAAACCAUAGUUUGUUUCAAAAAGGAAAAACAAAGUAGUUUUCUACUGGAUUAAAAAUGCUUAUUAGAAUUCUCCCCCUUUGAGGUUACCUCUGGGCUUUUUGGUAGUAAUUGCUUUUUUCCGGCCCAGCUGUGGUUUUCUGUUUGUUUUUGUUUUCUUUUUUUCUUUCUGUGUUUGUGGUUUUUUUCCACCCGUACAAGAAAUUUUGUUAUGCACUACUACUUUUUGUAUUCUAGACAGUUUUCAAAAGCUGGCUGAAGACUUUUUUGUUCGUUUGUUUUUAAGGAAAAAGGCAUGCUUUCUGACUGACAGGAUCUUUUGCAAUACCUCAAUUUUGAAAUAUAGGAGAGAAAAUGAUAUUUUCUAAGUAAGUUUAUUCAGAAAAAUAUAUAUUAAUUUAAUUCUGCAAGAAAAAUGAUUUAACAGAUGGGUAACUUUAUUUUUUUCAUGCUUAUUUGUGUUUUUUGAAAAUGAAGAAGUUAGAGCUUUAUAACUAUAAUAUUAAAGAUCAUAUCUAACCUACAGAAAUCUACCUAAUUAUGUGAAAGAAGCAAAACUUUUUGAAGAAGCACCCCUCUUUCAUGUACUAAAAUAACACUGAGAUUUUUAAAAAGCUGAAAGAUUGUACAGCAUAAAGCUUAACAUGAAAGCGAAAAAACAUUGUCACGAAGAAUAGGUUACAAAAAAUAGACUCCAUUUGGUGCUGAAAGUUGCGAAUAGAUGGUGGAAAGGACUUUCCCUUCGUUUGUAUAUUUAUAAUCAAGCGUUGACUGUGCACGACUGACUGACCAGGAUUGUGAAAGAGUUCUUCUGUUUGUAUUUUUUUAAAGAGAACUUUUUUAGUUUAUUAAAUUAUAACAUGUUCCCUUUUGUUUUGUAAAUAAAUGUGCCCCCAAGUUGUUAACAUUCUAUUAAAAGAGAGGGUCCUUCAAAAAAUUAUUUUUUAAAACACAGAGGUGUUCUGACCUGCAACUUGACUGGGGAGCCCCUGGGUACCACAGGUCCUGUUGUGGCCUUUCCUUGAUGUGACACUUGAACUAGUCGAUUUUUUGGAGGCUAUAACCUAACCUCGACUAUUUGUUGUUAUGUGCAAUACUGUUUGUACUGUUUGUAUAAAAAAUAGAAAAAAAAAGAAAAGAAAAAAGGCAUAAAUCUUUAUUGCAGAUUUAUUUUCAUUGCAAACUUUAGACAUUGUGAUUCACUGAAAUCAUUUUUCUACUGUCAAAUAUGUACCUUUUCUUCAUGCUGGUAUUUUUUCAAUAGUAAUGUAGCCUUUGUACUGAGACAAAUUUUCAUUGUUAUUUUUAGAAAGAUUUUUUGCUAAGAAAAAAAUUAAACAUAUUUACAUAUUUUUCAUUUUAUUUCGUAUUUUCUUUAAGGAGUGCUUUCUCAAUCAUUAAUAGAGUUGUUUCUGGGAGGGACUUUCAUAUCUGGUCAAUGUCAUAAUAUUAUUUUGUAUUUUUACUUGGAAUAAAUUAAUUUUAUGAUGCUAAUUCUUUAAAAGUUUAUUUUUUUCAUUUUCAGUUAUUUUUGAAGCUAAAACCUUUGUAAUAUUGUUACUAAAGUGUCUAGUUUUUUGAAAUGCAAAGCUUUAUGUAUUAACUUGCUGAUGUGGUUUACAAUAGUGUGACAACAAUGAAAACAGUUGGGUGUGUAAAGUGGUUGGAAACUGUAAUGAACAAUCGGGUAAUAAAAUGACAGAAUGAGCAGAACAUG